GCGGAGUAAUCGUAAUAUUUAAAGUCGUGUUUUGGUUGUUGAAGGAUUUAAAUUUGUGAUUUUUUUUCCAAAGUGAAGAGUGUCUUUUUUGUACAAGUGGUAGUGAAUAUAUUUCAUUUCCCUAUGGCUGAUGCAACAAUAGAUGAGUUAUUCAUGCGGUGGGGGAUAAGUCUCUUACUAUCAGAUUUUCAACCUGCAAGAAAUCAUGGGAGUCACAUUGCAGCAGUGCUGUGUUAUUUUACUGGCGUGAGUCUUCUUUUUAUUGCCAUUUGGGUAAUUUUUUGUAUUCAAAAUUUAUUUGAACAUGUGAUUUUGUUUGUUAUAAGCAAAGAUAUCGGUAUUGAAGAAUUGAAGAAACUUUCGACGUCCGAAAUUGAAGCCAUUAUUGUACAUCCUCGAUUGGUAAAGGAAUUUCUAACUAAAUGGAAAACUGAAUGCAAAUCCAACACUAAAUUUGGCGGCGACCGGAUGACUGAACCUCUUCAACCAGAAAUUGUUAUACCAAAUGCAAAUGAAAGCAAUUAAGAAUCCAAGUUCAAGGGGUAUUGGAGAAAACAAUAAACUGC